ACUGUGUCCGGAGAGCCGUGGGGAGGAGGGAGGGGUGAAUAUGGCGGUGGCGGUCUUGUCGAAGGUGCAGCAUCUGUCUGCUCGGGUGGUGCGGGUGUUGGGCUGUAACCCGGGCCCGAUGACUCUUCAGGGAACCAACACCUACCUGGUGGGCACCGGGCCCCGACGAUUCUUGAUCGACACAGGUGAGCCAGGCGUGCCUGAAUACAUCAACACUUUAAAAGAAACUUUGACCCAACUGAAUGCCAGUAUUCAAGAAAUUCUGGUGACACACUGGCACAUAGAUCAUGUUGGAGGCAUACCAGAUAUACUGAAGGAUGUUGUUGAUGAAGGUAGUCAUCUUCAAAUUAGAAAACUUUCACGCAGUCCACCUCAAAAAGAGACAAUCAGAACCUGUGACAAACAGUACACAUACCUAAAAGAUGGAGAUGUAUUGGAAACCGAGGGAGCCACACUGAGAGUCAUUUACACACCAGGACAUACCACUGAUCACAUGGCAUUAUUGCUGCAAGAGGAAAAUGCCAUAUUUUCUGGAGACUGUAUUCUGGGAGAAGGCACAGCAGUAUUUGAAGACUUGUACACUUAUAUGCUAUCUUUGGAAAAGUUGUUGAAUAUAAAUGCUGACUUAAUAUAUCCAGGACAUGGCCCAGUUGUGCAAGAUGCAUCUGAAAAAAUUCGAGAGUACAUAGCUCACAGAAACUUGAGGGAACAACAGAUUUUAAAGGUUUUUCAGGAGCAUCCAGAGCAAUAUUUCACCCCAAUGGAACUUGUUAAAAGUGUUUAUAAGGAUACUCCAGCACAUUUACAUCAAGCAGCUGAAGUUAAUCUCACCCACCACCUGAAAAAGUUGGGAAAAGAAGGGAAAAUAACCCAAGCUGAUACAACUCAUAAAUGGAAAAGCAAUUUGUAAUGCUUCUCCACCCACUUAAAUGGAUAAAAUGGAUUUUUGUAUCAUUUUCAAAUAAGGUUACAUGGAUUUUUAAAGAUUUAAUUUUGCCUUAAAUGCUAUAUUUGGGUUUUAAAACAAAUGCUGGAAAUGCUUUCUGUUGAGGGAAAACAGAGGCACGUUUCAGGUCAGUGAUCUUUUGUUAAAACUGUAUUCUAUUUUGUUGGGUUUAAUGUCAGAGAAUAAAGUAUGCUGCAUAAUGCAUUGGAGGAGAAUUUCCAAAGCAGUUUACCCCAAAGAAUUGAGUAAAUGACUGAGUUAUUUUGUCAAAAUUUUCACAAAUAUAGCGGGGGAAUUCUAUCAGAAGUUCUAUAAUACUUAUUCAGAGUAGUGUUGUAAUUUUGUAGUUUGUUACAUGACAGAUUACAAGUUAUUAUAUCCAUUGAGCAUAAUUCUCAUAAGUCUUCAAACUAACCACUAUGUAAUUAAAUCCUUUGUACACUGCAUUCCACAUUAAAUCUGUAAGUACCACAUUAAACCUUCAAGUAAUCAGUAAAA